GUGGUCAGUAGCUGCCAAGAAAAAAUCCAGCACUGGAAGAAGGUUGAAAGUGACUACGAAGCACUUCAGGACAGACUCACUACGCUGCCGGACAAACUUUCAUAUGAUAUCAUGGUCCCCUUUGGUCCACUUGCUUUCAUGCCAGGAAGACUGGUUCACACCAAUGAGGUUACAGUUCUUCUUGGGGACAACUGGUUUGCAAAAUGUUCAGCAAAACAGGCCGGUGAUCUAGUAGAACACAGGAAAAAACGUGUAAGAAAAAUGCUGGAUGAUUUGGGGAAGGUAAUGAAGAAUUUCGAAUCCAGAGCUGAAUUCACUGAAGAUUUGCAGAAAAUGAGUGAUGAUUUCCGAGACUAACAAUGUAAAGGCAGAAGGUGCCUCUUCCUCUGAAGAAGAUAGAGAAGACAGAAAGUUAAACCCAGAUGUUCUUCAGAAGGAAGAAAAACCUAACACUCAGGGCAACUUUCAGAAGGACGUAACCAACUUUGAAUCAUUCGGAAGUCAAGCUAAUGGCCCCAAUCAUUACGGCAGCGACGAUGAAGAUGAUUUCGCCAUUAGUGAGAAUGCUGUGCCGACAAUAUAUUUCUCCCACACUGUGGAACCGAAAAGGGUACGAAUAAACACGGGGAAAAAUACUACGUUAAAAUUCAGUGAAAAGAAAGAAGAAGCAAAACGGAAACGGAAGAACAGCAACGGAAAUGGACACGGGACGACAGAACUGCCAAAUAUUAAAACGCCAGCAGAUAUUUAUCGAGUCUUUGUUGAUGUUGUGAAUGGAGAAUAUGUCCCUCGUAAAUCAAUUUUGAAGUCUCGGAGCCGGGAGAACAGCGUUUGCAGCGAUACCAGCGAGAGCAGCACCACCGAGUUUGACGACAGGCGAGGAAUCCUGAGGAGCCUGAGCUACGAGGACGCGACCCACAGCGACAACAGCGAGGGCAUCUUGGAAGAGGAGGAGGAAGAACAGCGGGAGCAGAAUCCCCUUUCUAGGAAAGCGCCUCCCUUGUCAGGAAUGUAUGAGGCUUUCUCAGGGAUGGUUGUCGAAAAGGAACCUUUAUCGCCCUCCAUAAUCCCACACCCAGUCAUUGCUCAUCCGGUCCUGCCCACCAUUUUGGAGCGGAAAUCCGAGGAGAUUCUCUACGAAGCUUCAGAAGAAACGACGAAGAGGGUUUCAAAAUUCAAAGCCGCCCGAAUGCAGCAGAAAAGCUAGUGCCCACCUAACAAGGGUGGACCUUGUUCAUUUUUCACCAAAGCGAGUGGCAAAGGGACGGUUUGUAUCUAGCUAGUAAGAGGGCAGAUUGCUUUGACUUCGUAUCGUUCAUACUUAGGAACUCCUGUUGAUAUUCCCCCCCCCCUUUUUUUUUAAAGAAACAAAUCUGUGAAGAAGCAUUUCAGGAACCUCCUCAUUUUCUUAAUCUCCCCGUGUGCAGUUAGCACCUUUAUACAUGUUUGCCUUACGAUAACAGCACAUGGAAUAAUUUUGAAAAGAAUAAUUCUCAUGAAGCUUUUUUUUGUUGUUGUGCCGCAUUCGAAGCUAAACGCAAGCAGUUUUUGUACCAGUCGUGAGGUUAAAAAAAAACAAAAAAACCAUUUGGUCUACUUGAAAGAAGCUUUUUUUUUAACUUUCAGGUAGAACCAACCAUUCGAUUUCAAGGCUCGCUUUAUAAUGUUUUAAAGCUUUCUUUUCUUCUCACCCCCCCCCCCCAUAUCCCUUAUUGUUUUGAAAGGUUUGCUUUUAGGUGUCUGAUGACAAAUCAUUUAUUUCCCGCCGGUAGGAAACCUCUGGUGAUUUAGCUGUAUAGAAUCUAUGAAACAGAACGCCUCGUUCCUGUAUUUGGCAGGGAUGUUUUCUUUUGAAAGGGAAAAAAAAUAUUGUAUUUUGUAAAAUUAAACUUUUCGAGUAAAAACGGAA